AUGGCUUCCUCGUCUUCACUACUGUUUUCUCUCAUCGUUCUCUUGUUCUUUGUUAGCUUCAUCCAAAAAAGCGAUGCUAAAGUUAACGGUACAGUAUUCAUGGAACAAAUGAUGGCUGGUCACAAUGCGGCUAGGGCGGAAGUUGGAGUACCACCGCUUGCAUGGGACCGAAACUUAGCUGUAUACGCUCGAGGUUACAUAGAUGAAGACAGACGUAAAGACUGCCAACUGCUUUACUCCGAUCGUUGGACUUUCGGGGAGAAUAUCUUUGCUGGUCCGGAUAACAUCACUGCUGCUGACGCCGUAGCGUACUGGGUUUCUGGAAAGCAAUGGUACACCUACGAGACUAAUACUUGUCUAGAAGGUAAAAUUUGUUCCGAUUACACCCAAGUUGUAUGGAGAACUACUAUGAACGUUGGUUGUGCGCAGAUUAAAUGCGACACCGGUGAUCUCUUCAUUGCUUGCGAGUAUUAUCCUCAUGGAAAUUAUGCCGGAGAAAAACCAUAUUAG